CAUUCAUCGCGCACGCGUCAUGCGGUGAACAGCGUAGUCAAAGUGCCUACAGCACCCGCGGACCAGGGCAAGUCUACACGACGAAACGAGCCGAAUCGACCGCCGAUACGUGGUGACAGUGAAGUAUCCGAACUGUGUGUACAUCACGGUUUACUAGGGUGUGACUGCUCUGUUUAGGUUUUUUUUUUUUUUUUCUUCUUCUUUUCUUGGAGACUCAUAGUGAAGUUGACCUAGGAAGAAGAAACGGCGCGAGGAUUACGUCCAGAACCGGAAGCAGAUUAGCGGCGGUGUCCGAGGCGGCGAGAGAUGCGAAGGCCGCCGCCCUAGCCUCUGCCACGGCCGCCCACGCCCGUAAGACCGACAGUGGCUGUGGCGCCGCCUCCGCCGCCCCCGCCGGCAUGUGGCAGUGCGAGGGCUGGCUGCUGGGCCGGCGGCCGCUCAGCGGCGGGCCCGUCGACGCGGCGUCGCUAGCGCGCCUGGUGCGCUCGCUGGGCCCCGCCGCCCCGCGGCCGCAGCGCCGCCCCCCGACGCUGCUGCGCUGCCGCGACGACCGCCUGGAGCUGGCGGCGCGGCACGACGACGAGGGCUUCGAGUCGGACGACGACUCGCGCUCGCUCGCCUCCGACGAUACGGCCGUCAGCAACUCGUCCUCCUGCUGCUUCGUCGACGACCACGUGUACCGGCGCGGCGCCGCGGGAGCUGGGGUGGGCAAGCCUGGCGGCGUCCCUCCGCCCCCGCGGCCCGUGCCGCCCCCGGGGGUGGCGGGCCCGCUCGCCUCCACGUCCUCCACGACGUCGGACAGCGCCAACAGCAGCGGCGCCUCCGACACGGACGAGGCGGACCACCAGCCCGCGGCCGCCGGCUCGGUGGCGGCGCUGGUGCAGUCGCUGUCGCUCUACCAGCGCGUCGUCAAGACGCCCGGCGCCGUCCCCGCCGCCUCCGCCGCCGCCGCCCACGAGCCGGAGAUCAUCCCCGUAGCGGACGUGGCCUUCUGCCACACGGACCCCGCGCUGCCGCGCGUCGCCGUCUGGGUGGUGCGGCGCCGUCGCUCGGCCUGGGCAGCCGCCACGUCCGACGACGCCGCCUCCCAGGCACCGGCGGGGCUCGAGGCCAUCGUCUUCGAGACCAACAACGAGCGGGCUCUGCGGAAGCUCUGCAACCAUUUCCAGGAUGUGAGCAGAAGACUGAAGCUGGACCAGUACCGGCACCCGCACCGGCGGAAAGAGGGCGCCGCGGCGCCGGGCCGGCCGCCGGCCUACUCGUCGCUGGCGCAGCCGUCGCCCUCGCCCUCCUCUUCGUACUCAUCGUCCCCGUCUCCCUCGCCGGUGGGCAAGCAGGCGGCCGUCUCCCUGUCCUCCGCCAUCUCCAGCAGCAGCAGUGUCAGCACCAGCAGCGGGGGCAGCGCCAAGUCCCAGCAGAGGGUGGAGCCGGCCAGAGUCUCCCCUCACCAGCAGCAGCAGGUCUUCAAGCGGCUCGAGGCGCCCGCCGUGGUCGCCAGGUUCAACCUGCUGCAGAGGACCGACGGCGAUGGAGUCACGCACCUAGAGGUGGCCAGGGACACGCCGCUGCAGGAGUCGCAGCCGGCCCCCGGCCGCGGCGGCCCGUCGACGGCCAGCGGUCCGUCCAGCAUCAUCAGCCUGAGCACGCCGGAAGCGCCUGCGCCGCCCCCCGCCGCCCCCGCCGCCUCCGGCAAACAACGGCCCAUCCUGGUGUUGGGCCCGCGCUCCGACCAGCUGGAGGCGGCAGAGUUGCGCAAAGUGUGGAGCCCCCGGCCGCCACCCAGCCCCCCGCCGCCCCCGCAGCGGCCCGAGCGCCGCCGCUUCGCGCGCAAGAGCCACAAGGCGCCCGCGCCGCCCGUCCUGCGCGGGCAGCUGGUGUCUCCCAGCAGCGCGUGGCCGCAGUACACCGUGGUGCGCGGCACCGCCAGCAGCCGCUACGCCGAGGCGGCCAGGUUCCUGGGCGGCCUGUCGCAGCGGCUGCGCGACGCCGUGGGGGGCGGCGGGGGCGGCGGCCACCCCCAGCACCACCUCCAGCAGCAGCAAUGCUCGCUGUACGGCACGGCGGCGCGCAGGCGCAGCACGCCCGACGUCUUCCGGUCGGCGGAGAACUUGUUGGCCGGCGCCGGCGGACACCGCCUCAAGUCCGUCAUCAAGAAGGCGCGCCGCCCCGACUGCCGCGCCGAGCCCAAGAAGGUCACCUUCAGCGCCUACGCCACCGUCCAAGUCGUCGACUGAGCCCCCCGCUCCUUCGCCACCGCCGAGAAAGUGCGCCGCGACGCGAAAUGCAAAAACGAGAUGCGGCGUUCCGCGCUGUUUACUGAGCUGCCAGGGGGUAAAAAUUAAUGCUGAUGAAUUUUCCCGUCCUUGCGUGAGGAUACAAUCUUAUAUAUAGUCAUGAUCACAAAAUUUGCCCAUCGUAAAGGCUGGCGCAGUAGAGCUCUGUCGAAGAACGGAAGACAAACGUAAAUCAAGACGCACCAGUGCUCAAAUGUCUCAUUUAUUUAAUUUCCAAAACAAUGUGUUUCAGCAACACACGACAUCACUAUCAAGUACUAGAAAAACGUGAGGUAAAGUGGCCAUUCUAAAGAAGUGUGUUACAGCAUACCACGUAUUUUUAAGUGAAAAAGGAAGAAAUAUAUAUAUAGGAAUCAUAUCCAUUUUUGUGAAGGCUUACAUAGUGUCCAUUUUCCCCUACCGAAGCAGAUAAUGUGCCAUUGCAACAGGAUGCCAAGCCAUUGUUCUGAAUUCUGGUCGUAUUUCCUAGGCAAUUUGAUGCCCUAAUAUCAGAAAUAAUACCAAGCACCUGCAGCAGACCGUUUCCAGUCGUGUUUAUAUUACGCUAAAUAUAAGAGAACAGAGGUGGUCUUAAUUAUUAUACAUUAAUUAACUCAAAAUCCCUUAGAGGGAUCGAAUGAUGGAUGACAGCUUUGUCUAUAAAAGAGUAUAAAACUCAAUCUCAUCUGUAGUAUUGUUUUUGAUAUGUGAAAGUAACUGUUAUUGGAGUAGAAACCUUGACCACUCUUUCCAAGUACCGUGGUCACUUUCCCCCAUCAGUCACCUUGUCAGCAUUAGUUGUUCAUAGAGCAAACCAUCACACUCAAAGAAGCAACAAAGAACUUCAUUUGUAGCCUAAAACGCAUUGUUUAAACACUCAUAUCGUAAAAAUAUAUUAUUCAGCAUAUAUAUGAGAUAACAAGAACAAUACAAAUGACUUACCUUGCAUCAGACAACUGAAAAUUAGAAAAAUUUUACGCAAA